AUGAAGCUACUGGUGUGCCUGGAAAACAGCGGGUUACUCAAAGAAGUCAAGGUCAGUCUCGCCACGGGUGACCACAAGGUACGUGACGUGGGGUUCAGUGAAGGUAGCGCGGUGCACGUAUCCAAGGUGAUUUACGACCAGAGACAGUACGUUGCUCUCGGGCGGAGGGAUGGAAGUGUGGAGGUGCUGGACGUGGAGAUGGGCACACCGAGAAGGCUUUACCCUGCCCACAGAGAGGUAUUUCACCCCUCAGAGCUGUUCGCGUCCAUUGAUUAUGCACACAAUCUGCUCUAUACAUGCACCACUGGAGGCAUGGUGACGGUGAGGGAAUGCAAGCUGGACCAGACACAGACGAGCGACGAACUGCUCAGCACACAUCACCUGGGCGAUGCAGUGUCUGUGUUACGCCCCCACCCUACUCAGCGAGGAGUAGUCGCUUUUGGAGGACCACAGAGAGUUCUGGAGGUGGCCAUCAUCCGGACCAACCGCAGGAACCUGUGGCGAUCGAGCAAGGAAGAGUACAUUUGGAUUUCAGACGUGAGAUUCACUAAUGUGCGUGGGACAAGCGAUAAUGCCGAGCCAGGCUACUCGUUGGUGGCGGUGUCACGAUAUGGAGACGCCUACAUUUACCAGACAAAUGUUUCUGCCCGGCCGGUCCGGAAAAUCCAGGUUGGCGACUAUCCACUCACACAUCUCCACAUGAACCACUCGUUAGGCGGAGACGCCUUCUACGUGGCCAACUCGCAGAACCAGGUGUCGUUGGUGGAUUAUGACGGCCAGGUGCGUCACAAGGUGUGUAUGCCUGAAGGGAGUGUUUUUCUGGCAGAUUUCUUUAGUCCAGCAACGCGCCAGGACCCCCGAGUGCCUCAGACAGAGCCCAUUCCGUCCACAUCCAUUUCCCGAGGGGAUAAUCUGCAAAGUGCGCUGUGGGGCGAGUUGCUGAUGCGAAGAAGACAGCAUACUCGACAGCAACAACUUCAGAACCAGAACCAGAGUACGGAACCGGAUCCUGAUGCAGACAACACAGACCACUACGUGCUCAACGAUGAUACCCAUUCCGAUGAAGCCCCUCGACGGCCUCCGUUCGAUAGACGGUACUUUGAGCGAGUAUUAGGAUUAUCGCGUCCUCGUAUCCAGAUAACUACAGGAGGAGAAGAUCGAGCACGCCGGGAAGCGUCACGUGAACUGAGACGCGAAGAGCGGCGUCUCAGAAUGAUCCGAGCAGCCCCAGGAAAUCUGUCAUACUCUUCGUUCGGGCAGGGUCCUCUUGUAAGACGACACCAGAGAUGGUCUCCUCUUACUCUUGCCCGUGAUCUACAGACGAUUAGACGACCAGAGACAGCUUCAGGGCAAGCCUGGACUCGUGACACGGACGAUUUGAUCGCCAAUCCCUCUGCUUCGUUGCGUGCUUCUCGGGACUCUGAUUUCUUCCGAGAGCUGUGGUGCGAUGACGAUGAGCAGUCUCUCAUGUACUUCAACACCCUCUCCAGCGUCCAUUUACCUAAUGAGGGCGAGGAAGAGGAGGAAGAAGAAGACGAAGACGAAGAAGAGCUGACGGUUCGUGAGAGUGAUACGGAAGAGUUGUUUGCACCAGGCAUUCUGGGCGGCUCCUCAGAGAUUGUGGACAGAUUCAUGCCUCCUCAUCUACAGACUAGCCGUACCACAGCUCCUCUUCAGCCCUCUAUGGGUCGGUUUGUAGGGGGGGUUCAGUAUGAGUCCCGGGCCUCGGGUCUGGAUCUGACCGUGGUUGCUGGUCUUGAUCGUCAUGUGCGAGUGUUUGACAUUUCGCAGCCGUCUAUCGCGUCUCGAGGCCGUCUGCUCUUUGAUAUUGCGUUCGAGUCUCGAAUCACUUCGGUAGCCAUUCUGGAGGUCAGUGAGGAGGACAUUUGUGAAAAGACCAAGCGUGCCGCAAGUCCAGUUUCCCGCGAUACCAAGAGGCAGCGGGUUUAG